UUGCCGCAGGGGCUGAUAGAAGAGCGGUAGAGACCGGUGCGUGCGUAGGGGCUCCCGGAGCCGAAGGUCGUGGGUCUGAAAGAAGGGGGUCAUCAGGAGUUGGUGACAUUCAGGGAUGUGAUCGUGGACUUUCCUGAGGAGGAGUCGUGCCUCUUGUACCAUUCUCAGGAAGAGCUUUACAAGGAGGUCAUGCUGGAGAAUAUCCAGAACCUGCUGUCCCUAGGUCAGCUUGUAGAGCCCAACGCCUAGAACCAGAGGAAAUGGCCCCUGCCACCCUGAGACCCUCAUCCCAGGAGUUGGUGACCUUCAAGGAUGUGGUUGUGGACUUCACUGAGGAGGAGUGGUGCCUCUUGGACCAUUCUCAGAAAAAGCUGUACAUAGAGGUCAUGCUGGAAAAUAUCCAGAAUCUGCUGUCCCUGGAUGUAGAGACCAAGUUUGAAGUAGAUGAGAUGCCUAGAAAGGUGUGCCUAUUUAUGGAAGAAUGUGACCUACAAAGAUUCAUGAGUGAUGCUCCCUGGAACUUCAGUUUGAGAGAAAUUCAUGACUUUAUUCUCAAAGUAGAUAAAAACCCAAAGAGUGACUGUGACUUGGAUGAAAUUGGAAAGAGAUUCAGACAGUCUUCUAUCCUAAGUCACUGUAAGAAAAUGACCUCAGAGAGUGACUGUCCUCCAGACAUUGAAUAUAGGAAGUGCUUUAUAGAACAUGUAAAGUUUUUUCAGUCUGUGGAGAAGGCUGCUGGAAUGCAAAUGUGUCCCAGUAAUCAGUGGGAGAUGGCUGUGAGCUGGAGUUCAGACAUCAAUAAGCAUCAGAAAAUUGAUACUGACGAAAUGCUUUCUGUAAAUAAUGAAGGUGGGAAGGCCUUGAGUCAGAACUCUGAGCACAUUAUACAGCAGCAAAUUCCUGUUAGAAAGGAAUCUGUUGAAUACAAAAAGCAGGAAGUUCAGAGAAUCCACACUGGAGAGAAACUUAAUGAGUGUCAUCAUUGUGGAAAAGCUUUCACACAGAGGUCCAGUUUUAUUGUACAUAAGAGAGGCCACAGUGGAGAGAAACCUUAUGAAUGUAAUCAGUGUGGAAAGGCUUUCACACGAAGGGGGAGGCUUACUAAACAUCAGAAAAUCCAUUGUGGAAAGAAGCCUUAUGAAUGUAAUCAGUGUGGAAGUGCUUUCACACAAAGGUGCAAUCUUACUACACAUCAGAAAAUGCACCGUGGAGAGAAGCUUUAUGAAUGUAAUCAGUGUGGAAAGGCUUUUACACAAAGGUGCCAUCUUACUACACAUCAGAAAAUCCACCGUGGAGACAAGCCUUAUGAAUGUAAUCAGUGUGGAAAGGCUUUCAAACACAACUUCAUUCUUGUUUUACAUCAGAGAAUUCACACUGGAGAGAAACCUUAUGAAUGCAAUGAAUGUGGAAAGACUUUCACGUAUAGCUCCAGUCUUGCUGCACAUCAGAAAAUCCACCGUGGCGAGAAGCCUUAUGAAUGUAAUCAGUGUGGAAAGGCUUUCACCCUAAGGGGCAAUCUUACUACACAUCAGAAAAUCCACCGUGGAGAGAAGCCUUAUGAAUGUAUUCAGUGUGGAAAAGCUUUCACACAAAGGUGCCAUCUUACUAAACAUCAGAAAAUCCACUGUAGGGAGAAACCUUACGAAUGUAAUCAGUGUGGAAAGGCUUUCACACAAAGGUCCGAUCUUACGACACAUCAGAUAAUCCACCGUGGAGAGAAGCCUUAUGAAUGUAAUCAGUGUGGAAAGGCUUUCACACACAACUCCAUUCUUGUUUUACAUCAGAGAAUCCACCGUGGAGAGAAACCCUAUGAAUGCAAUGAAUGUGGAAAGACUUUCACAUACAGCUCCAGUCUUGCUGCACAUCAGAAAAUCCACCGUGGAGAGAAGCCUUAUGAAUGUAAUCAGUGUGGAAAGGCUUUCACACAAAGGUCCAAUCUUACUACACAUCAGAAAAUCCACUGUGGAGAGAAACCAUAUGAAUGCAAUGAAUGUGGAAAGACUUUCAGAUGCAGCUACAGUCUUGCUGCACAUGAGAAUAUCCACACUGGAGAGAAACUCUAUGAAUGCAAUGAAUGUGGAAAGAAUUUCACGUACAGCUCCAGUCUUGCUGCUCAUCAGAAAAUCCACCGUGGAGAGAAGCUUUAUGAAUGUCAUCAGUGUGGAAAGGCUUUCACACAAAGGUGCAAUCUUACUACACAUCAGAAAAUCCACCGUGGAGAGAGGCCUUAUGAAUGUAAUCAGUGUGGAAAGGCUUUCACACACAGGUGCAAUGUUACUAAACAUCAGAAAAUCCACAGUAGGGAGAAGCCUUAUGAAUGUAAUCAGUGUGGAAAGGCUUUCACACAAAGGUACAAUCUUACCACACAUCAGAAAAUCCACCGUGGAGAGAAGCCUUAUGAAUGUUAUCAGUGUGGAAAGGCUUUCACACAUAGGUCCAAUCUUACUAAACAUCAGAAAAUCCACAGUAGGGGGAAGCCUUAUGAAUGUAAUCAAUGUGGAAAGGCUUUCACACAAAGGUCCGAUCUUACUACACAUCAGAAAAUCCACCGUGGAGAGAAAUCCUAUGAAUGCAAUGAAUGUGGAAAGACUUUCACACACAGCUACAGUCUUGCUGUUCAUCAGAGAAUCCAUACUGGAGAGAAACCCUAUGAAUGCAAUGAAUGUGGAAAGGCUUUCACACAUAGCUCCCAUCUUGCUGCACAUCAGAGACUCCACAGUGGAGAGAGGCCUUAUGAAUGUAAACAGUGUGGAAAAACUUUCAAACACAGGGGCAAUCUUGCUGUACAUCAGAAAAUCCACACUAGGGAGAAGCCUUAGGAAUGUAAUGAGUGUGGAAAGGCCUUCACAAAAUGGGCAGUCUUGCUAAACAGCAGAAAAUCCACCAUGCAGGGAAGCCUUAUGAAUGUAAUCAGUGUGGGUAAGCUUUCACACACAACUCCAUUCUUGCACAUCAGAGAAUCCACACUGAAGAGAAACCCUAUGAAUGCAAUCAGUGUGGAAAGGCUUUCACAUAGAUCUCCAAGCUGGAGGGUCUGAGAGGUGGAGAAUCUUGUGAGUGAAACCUCCAGGAGCCUAGUGUCACCAGUCUGAAGAGUACAUGUAGAGGAGAAAGGUGUGAGAAGGCAGGUAAGUUAGCAGAGGGCUAAAUUAGGCAGAGUGUUGGAUGCCAAGCAGAGCAUUUUGUAUAUGCUCCUGGAAGCAAUAGGGAGCCACUGGAGUUUAUGGAGUGGGAGAUGGGGCUGACAUGGUCAGACCUGCACAUUAGGGAAAUGACUUUGAGGCUGGACUAGAAUAAGGAAAGAUAUGAGGCAGGCUUGUCAACCCAGAUGUUGAUACUUUCCUGAUAACUAUGAAUUGUGAUUUGGUCUGUUUAUAUUGUAUAUGUUGGUAAUUAGUUUGUACUUGCUCAGAAGUUCAUGUUGCUACCUUUUCCUCCUGAACUAAGUGAAUGAUAUUUGUAUGUUGGAUUAAACUAAGAUUGUUAACCCCUU